UUCUAUUUUUUCAGGUUCCACCGCUGACAAUAUCCUAGGUGUCUCCGAGAUCACAGAACUCAAUUCGCUAUGGAAAAUGCUGGUGGCAGAAUGUCUGGGAACGCUCUUCCUAGUUGUAAUAGGCUGUGGUUCUUGCAUCGCCCUGAAACAGCCAGCUGAAUACGUCAAUUAUGUCCAAGUGGCGUUAGCGUUUGGUUUAACAGUGGCAACAAUGGCACAGGCCAUUGGUCACGUCAGUGGUUGCCACAUCAAUCCAGCUAUAACAGUCAGCUUCUUCGUCACAGGAAACAUCAAACUGCUGCGAGCUAUUUUCUUCAUCGUCGUACAAUGUGUGGGAGCCAUAGGAGGAUCAGCUUUGUUGAAGUUGAUCACCCCCGAAGAGAAAUCCGGCAAUUUGGGAUUGACAGUCGUCAGCGAGAACGUCACCCCAGUCCAGGCCAUGCUGAUCGAAGCCCUCUUGACGUUCCUGCUCGUGUUCCUAGUCCAGAGCGUUUGCGACUCACGCCGAGAAGACAUCCAUGGAUCUGCACCACUAGCUAUCGGCUUGGCUGUUACAGCCGCUCAUUUGACAGGUAUACAAUACACUGGAUCUAGCAUAAACCCUGCAAGGACUUUCGGACCUGCCGUAAUUGGAAAUUCAUGGGAACAUCAUUGGGUUUAUUGGGUAGGACCAAUCCUUGGUGGGAUCGUGGCUGGCCUUGUAUACAAGCUGUUCUUCAGGGUACGCAAAGAAGAAUCCGAAUCAUAUAAUUUUUAG